AAGUUAACAGAAAAUGAUACGCUCUCUUGGUCAAAACUUUUUAGUCACAAUCUUGUAAAAAUAAAAAGUAAACUUACUGAUUUGCUUGGCCCAUCUCUUGAUAACUUAGAAGAUGAGAUUGUAGAUGAGAAGGUGCAACAGGAAACCUAUGAUAAUGAAGAAAAAAUACGAUUAGAUUGGAUGAUCUUAUCAGAAAUGGGCCCGAAUGCAAUAGUUGAUAGUUCUUCUGACUUAGCUUGUAACAGAGAUGAUAUCAAUGCUGAAAAUUCUGUUCCGAAUAUUGUAGAUUGUUAUACCUUAAACAAAAAACAGUUGAAGAUAUUUAAGUGA